AUGAAUGUGCAAGUGAACCUGAUUCUAAUAUUCACAACUUGGAAGUCAGACGCUAGCUGCGAGGCGGGUGCUCCUCGGCGUCGCUUUUUCCUCAAGUCCCGCUCCUCGGGCGUUGGAGGAGCCGCCAGUGCCGGAGGAGGCCGCAACCAGUCACGCCCGGCACGCCCGACUGUCGAGUGCGCGGACAGCAGCAGCGACGAAGACGAAGAAGACGACGACGAAGAGUACGACGAUGACGAGUACGAGUACGAGGAUGAGGACGAGUGCCUGACGUGCAACGUGUGCGAGCGUUCUUUCCCGUCGGCCCGUCGCCUGUCUCAGCACCAGCAGCGCAAGCGACACUUCGGCUGUCCCGUGUGCGAGGCACUGUUCCCUUCACUCACAGCUCUGGAGCAACACAGGGAGACCCUGGAACACUGGUCGGAUGACGAAGAGAGACAGCUAUCCCGUCCCAAAGCGCCCGCAAAGAGGCAGCACCGCGGCGACCGGGGCUGCGACGCUGUGCUGGUCGACGAAGACGAUGAUCUCGACGACGAAGAUGACGACGAAGACGAAGAGUCGUCCGACGAAGACACCGACUCGGACGGUCUCGAUCCGGGACCCAAGGCACAGGAGCUGGAACGGCUCUUGUGACUGCUGCGGGCAGGCGCUGCCCCUCAAGCAGUUCCAGGGGGCGGCGCCAGGCGGCGCUGCUGCUGCGGCAGUGACGUCACCCGCUACUGAGACACGCGGACGAAUGACAGACGACAAUAACGAUGACUUAGCUGAAAUAGCUGUACCCAAUGGCGUGACCCUCAAGCAGUCCCAGGGGGCAGUGCAAGGGGGCAAGGCUGUUGCGGCACUGACGUCACCCACUACUUAAAACACGCGGACGAAUGGCAGAUGACGAUGAAGUAUUGGAAAAAGCUGCAGAAAAUGGCGUGACCCUCGCGUCGUCUCAAGCAGACGACGCGAGUCUGUUCUAGAGAGAACAGCACUGGCGUUUCAGAAUGGCUAGCCCUUCCCUGGCAACCAAACUUCAUCCAUGGAAGUAAGCAGCGCGAAAAGAAAGACGACGCACACAGGGAGGAAUGACAAGAACAAGCGCCGACUUUCAACUAAGCUUCUUUAAUCGGAAGUAAAACAUAUAGAGACAUCACGUCGUCUUGAUUUUCGCGCUGCGUACUUCCUUGGAUCCAUACCAACUGGCCCAGCUAAGUACACUUCUGCGAACUUCAUUGCUUUGCCGCACUUAAUCAGGAGAUUUAGAUUUUACGCAUUCGAACGGUGUUAAAUACAUAGUUUUCAAACAUAGAUUUAAAGUGCCCUGUAUCCUAAGCAGGUCAGGAGCUAGCUCCGAAAGAAUUCAGCGGACGAUUGAGCAACCACGCUUUUUGUUUCUAAUUCCGUCUCAUUUUUCUUUUCAGCCUUAGCAGUUACAAAGUCAGCGACGCCAGAGGGACGAAUCGCAGCACCCUCAGGCAAUCUCGAGGAGCCUAAACACAAGUUUUGCCUGAAUCCAUUUGCUAUGCGUUAAGGAUUUGCAUUUAUGAAGGAAAGAAUUGAUUUGGGACGCGAGCCCGCGACCUUCGUGCCUGUCUCACUCAGGCGUUAGCCAGUCGCUUAAUGCAGCAGUGAUACAAUUAAAACAGCGUGUAAUCAACCAUUGCAAGACGGGGAAACAUGCGUUAUUCCACGACGUGCAGUGCAACGUGUAGUGUGCUUAUCAUUCAAGGAUUACCUCGAUCUGUUUUAACGGAGGGGCUGUUUAAGGCCUACGUGGUCCCUGGGGACCCGUCAUCCGCACUUUCUGGUCCAGCUGAAAGAGCGAAGCUUGACGAGAGGGAUAGCAGCUAAAUGGAUAAGAUGGAAGCCUAGUGUAGCGAGUUCAGCCUGGUAGAGAAAGGGUAGCGACGGGGAGAGGGCGAAUCUGGGUAGACAGGAGGAGAGCAAAGGUCAAGUUAUGGCGAGAGCGAAGCAGGUGGUGUGGAGAGGAGGACCGGCUGAUAAUCAUCCUGGAAAAGCUGAGGGUAUCGCAUUCGCUCUGGAAUGUUCGGCAAUGGCCAAGGUAAAAGUGAUGCCAUCAGCACCGUUGUUUCAUCAGACUUGCGAUGUUAAGUCAGUUGAAACUGCACAUAUUUUUUUUCGACAAGACACGAGAAACGGCCACGUGCUGCUAACGACACAGCAGUGACUUUAACGUUGACGUGCUGUGCACAUUGGCUGAACACGUUGUAACAAAAUAUCUCCGGUUUCGUUUCCUCUCACCUUGCUCAUAGAGGAGGUUUCCACUGACGUCAUAGAGGCCGUCAUGCUGUUUUACUGCCAGUACACCUACAAGCUUGGCUUUAUCUCGGUCUGCUUUUCUCAAGAAGUGCAGUGGAAGCUGCGAAUCGCAGAACAAAAUGUCGAACAAUAACGUCACGGGAACACUAUAUCCUAUCUAGAAAGGUAACAUCGCCACCGUGUAUUCAGUGCUAGAUUAUUACGUUGUAGUCGACGCCAUUUUGCUUAUCAAUAAUCUGUAUCGGGACACGUGCCUGUGUACCUCUUAUGGCAUGUUAUCUAACGUUUAGGAAGAAUUACUGGAUGGCUGCCAUAUUUCUCCUAAAUAUUAUUACACUGAACGUCUUUGUAAAAAAAGAAAAUAAAAGACUCGAACAUGUGUAUCUCAUACUGGAAAUGGGCGUUGAGCAGACGCCCCGCUGUUUUUUGGUCAUGUAGCCUAAAGCACACGACCCUGAAGAUCUUGUGACGUCACAUUGCUAAGGUUAUUAUUUCAAACGUUCAUUCAGCAGGAUCAACGCUUUAGUGAGAAAACUACACUGCUCACCAUGGCAGCAUGACCAUUGUCAUAUGUAUAUUUUCUUUUUUUUGUUGAAGCAGUUGCGAUAUGUUACUCUUCGCGAUUGUCUAUGAUAAUACGCAUGCAGCUGUAUCAUUCUAUGACGUCACAUCAAGCGCUUCUUUAAAAACCCCCUCGAUCGCACCACCCCACAUUUAGCACUUUAGUCACACAGCUACUAGGCCACUUAAUUUAAGGUUUGUAAUGCUGACGUGAAAGAGUUUUGGCUUGAGCUAAAUGCUGUUAAACAAGAAAGGAGUAAAAUGCAUAUUAACUCAGUAAUCCAUGUAGUGAGGAUUGUCUUCCAGAAAAAGAAAUGCAUUUGAUAUAUGACAAGAUACUGUCCACGUAUUUUUGCUGCACUACUGUAGUCGUAUUCGGACUAGCCAUUGUUUGAAACACCUCUACUAGAGAAUUGUUCAGACUAGCUGAAUACUCGUUAUCGACAUUAACAUUUCGAAACCAAUACGGUACUGAUGUUGUUUGUUGCGCCAUUUAUUAAUACCGUCUUCCCAGUAACCCUAAACAGCGCACGCAUAAUGACGUCGCGCUUCGGUUAAGCCUAACGUGGCCGCCAGUGCUCACUUUCAGUGUUAGCGACAAGAAAUCGCAGCCGAUGACGUAAAGAAGGGUUGCUAUUGGCACGUGUAUUGUAGUACUCUUGUUUGAAAUGUGUCCAGUACUUGUUGUGACACUAUUUAGCAGGGUGCUAUGACAGUAUUUGCUCGUGAAUUUUUGACGUGAAGCUCCAGCGACCAUGAUGCAACCCCCCAAUUGAUAACGUCACUUCAAUAAGUCACAUGUAUUGUUACGACGUGACGUGGUUCCGCAGUUUUCUGAUGUACCUUCAUGUUCUGAAGUGUACGCACCCUCACCUACCUCGUCUGAUCCUAAAGAUGACUCAGCAUAAAGCGAUUUCUAACCGAAAUCUCCAUGUCUGUACAUAGAGGUACUUGUGUCAUCGUAAUUGCUUUUCUGUGACAUUACACUGGAGAACCAACCCUAAUGUUUACAGUGGUUUUUGUAAUUAUGUGUGAUUCAAUAGUGGCACUUACUUAGUCCAUGGCGUACCCAAUUUAAGAUAUGAUAGUGAUUUUUGUGACAUCCCUGAAACUGCAUUUUCUCGCAGAAACAAUUCUGCAGAACGUGCAAGCGGCAUUACAAACUGCCCCGAUUAGACUUCGUCUGUGACGCCAAUGUUGAAGUUUAUUUGCCCGAGCCAAUCUUCAAACAUAUAUUCUAAAUACCUUCGCCGGCCAGUAUACCUUACGCAGGAGCCUAAGAAGUAAUUACGCUUAAUGUUGCUAGUUUUUCUGUCCUAAUGAUAACCACUGGCUCAUUUACAAGGCACUCGCAGAUCCUUAUCUCGAGAAGCAAUCGUCAGAAUACACAUACGCCUAAGCUUAUGUGCAGCCGCAUUUAGUAUUCGCUGAAACACAACGCGAGUCGUGGGUCGGGAUCCCAAAACUGCAUUGUUAAAAAAAAACUGAUCGUGGUUAUAAUUACUGAUAUUUAUUAAACCAAGCUUUUGCGUGUCAGGAGAUUCGCAGUCGACUCGGUGGUGCUUCGAUUGCGAGCCCACUAUUGCAGCUCAGAGAGAAGGCGGUGGUGCCUAAACUUUCAAAUAAUGCAAACGGGCAUUUUGUAUCUGUAUAACAUGACAAAACAUUCUUUUGAACUCAUUUUAAGUUAAAGAAAUUCGAAUACCGUAUCUUGUAUUGCCCUCAGAGAAUGAAUACGUGCUUCCCUUAGCCGACUGUUCGUAUGUGAUGUCUUAUAAGUACUGUGUCUUGUGAUAGAUCUUGACAAAGAUUUGCAAAGAUUGGAGUAGUGUGUUCGGUGAGUGUGGAUGAUUAUUUAACUUUCCUGAUGUUUAAGGAAUGUUGACCUCACACUGUUUAUAAAUGCUGCGCGGUGUUUGGCUAAUUCUUAUGUGUAAAUGCCUAUAACUGAUAGCACAGAGCAAAAUGACGCAUAAUGCAAUGUGAACAACGUACGUCGCCAAGAUAAAACACACGCUUGAUGCUUUUGGCUUGUGUCGAUGAUUAUGGCGUGACCAGUGGCCUGCUGUACAGAUUUGUGUGUGUGAGCCUAUUGUUGAGGCUGUAAACAUACAGAAUGUUGAGUACAUAGGAGUACCAGGUAACGAAGCCCUUCAUGCUCACUGGUGGCUUGCUUUGAAGUAAAUUUCGCGCAGACGUGGUAUUCUGCUGCUCAUUCAGUCCAUCACUACAUGUGUAUGGGGUGCCGAUUCAUCCAGGAGCAAGAAGUGCGCACUGGAUCGUGCGACUGCACGUAAUAAAAAGCAUAAAGUUGGCGGGAGCAAAGGAAGUCCCCAUCAGUCUUUGUAGUGGUGAAACAAGGACAUGUGGAAAUGCUUCUUCCAUAGCAAUCUGUUUCCCCCAAACUUUAACAGAUGGCGCUUAGUCCAGGCGGCGAGUGUGGAACAAUCUCGAGUGUUCCCCACUCGCCGCCUGGGAUUCGAGUGCCGCUGGCUAACAUUCCCAGGUAUUAGGCGCACAUAAAUACACUACCAAAAAGCGGACGGUGGGCACCCUCCGUUGUAGCUCAAACGUUAGAACAUCAGACUCGUAAUUCUAAGGUUAUGGGUUUGGAUUCCACCGCCCGGAAAGGGUGAUUUUUCGUCCACUUUAAUUUAUUUCAAUUCAAGUGAGAACCAUUACAUUACAGUUAAGAAACCACAUAUGAUGCCCCCUAUGCUUUCCUUGGCUGAACAUCACAAAAAAAGCCAGCAGUUUACUAUGAAAGGCCGCAUACAUCCGGUACUUUUAUUGAGGUACGAAUGGGUCACAACGCGCAUCCACGUGGUAUUCAUGUCACGCAUAUUCGCGAAUGAUCGUUGUGUAUAGAUAUAGUUAAACCUUCGCGCUUGCAAUAUGUGCCCUAAAUGUGCUCACAAAUCGCCUCAAUUCAAGCUCUCGUGCGUGACGCUACGCUUGGGUAUCCGUGGAGCUCUCUUAGGGGACCACCACGUGAUCUACGCUUUGUGCAGCAAUGGCGACGCGGGAAACGAUAAGAUUGUUACUGUGCCCGUAGGUGGUGUGUAUACGGUGAUGUUCAAUAAAGCUUUGUCAAACUCGCU